AUGAAAUCCUGCAAGCCCAGCGGCCCGGCGGCGGGCGUGCGCGGCGCGCCCCCGUGCGCGGGCGGCCCCGAGUGCGCGGGCACGUGCGCGGGCGGUCCCGAGCGAAUGGAGAGCGCGGCGCGCAGGCGCCUGGCGGCCAACGCGCGCGAGCGGCGCCGGAUGCAGGGUCUCAACACGGCCUUCGACCGCCUGCGCCGGGUGGUCCCGCAGUGGGGCCAGGACAAAAAGCUGUCCAAGUACGAGACCUUGCAGAUGGCGCUGAGCUACAUCAUGGCCCUGACCCGGAUCCUGGCCGAGGCCGAGCGCUUCGGCUCGGAGCGGGACUGGAUCAAUGUCCACUGCGAGCACUUGGGCCGCGACCCCUACCUGCCGCUCGCGGGCGCCAAGCUGCCGGCCGGGAGCGAGCCCUACGGCCCGAGGCUCUUCGGCUUCCAGCCCGAGCCCUACCCGAUGGCUAAUUAG